CGUGACAUCACUGUGCUUUAUGAAGAAAGUGCGCUCCUGGUAAAAUAGACACAGUGCAAUAUCGCACGGUGGGUCCCGUACCGUACUCAACCCGUAGUCUUCCUUAUGUGGUCUAACUCGAGGAUUAAACUAUCUACAUUUCGGGGAAUCGGUGGUUUGUUUGUUAGAUAGAAGCGCUGCUGAACAUUGUAUGUACUUUACUCCGCACAGUCUCUGCACGUAUUAUUCGACUUGUGCCUUAAACUAAAAGACUGAAAUACUGCAUGAAAAAUUAUUAUUUUUGUGAUUAUUGGAUAAGGCCCACGGAACACAAAUUCUUGAUAAUAUGACAUCCGAAGCGCACAAUUUGGAACUUCAGAAAAGCCCUAUGGAUUUUGUCAACGAGUUCGACUUGAUUAAGUUCGACGUGAAGAAGGAGACAAUGCAGGGGAUCGAUCGACCCUUCAUUGGGCCGGGCAGCCAGCUUCAGAGACCUGACUCCGUCUCAUCCACGCCAGAGAGUACACCUUGCAGUUCGGUGCCCUCAUCACCAAGUCUAAAUCCUGGCGAGCAGAGGAAUAACACUGGUGAUAAUUAUUGGAUAGCCACCAGCGGAGGUUACGCUCAGCAAAUGUAUUCUCAUACUUUCGGCCUGACACCCGAAGACGCUGUCGAGGCCCUCAUCAGUACCACCGUGCAUGGCCACCAAUCCACUCCGAACAGUCACCAACAACCUCUCCAAGCGGAAUUUGAAGGAUAUGGGUCAGCACAUCACCUCAACGGCCAUGGCCAGCAGUAUUCUGGACUACUCCGCCAACCUGAUGCCCUCUCGGGUCACCCUGAGAUGCAAGAUAUGCAAAAUACGCACUGCCAAAAUCAAUAUCACCACGAGGGAGACAUCGAUACCUCAUGUCCAAACUCACCACUAUCUCAGCAACCUACCCACAGUGCGCACAACCUACACCAUCCACAUCGCCACGAUAGACGUCUCAACGUAGAGAACCAUUUCUCAGAUGACCAGCUUGUCUCCAUGUCCGUUAGGGAGUUGAACCGGCACUUAAGAGGUCUGAGCAAAGACGAAGUUAUGCGUCUGAAGCAGAAGCGCAGAACCUUGAAAAACCGAGGUUAUGCUCAAUCAUGUCGCUACAAACGUGUUCAGCAGAAGCACGUUCUGGAGCACGAGAAGACCAGUCUUGUCACACAGGUAGAGCAGCUGAAGCACGAGCUCAACCGGCUGGCACGCGAAAGGGACGCAUACAAACUCAAAUGCGAAAAAUUGACUGGUUCAAAUGGUUACCAUGAAACAGGGUCUACUAGUGACAACCCUUCUUCACCAGAAUAUUUCAUGUGAACAGUUUUUUAAGAUAUGAUGUAAUUAUAGGCCUACUGAUUAAGUUAACUAGCCGAAGUGUUGAUCUCAAUGACAAAUACUUUUAUAACCUUACAUCGUCAUUAAUAUCAUUAUAGGCCUAUGACAUAGGCUAUACUUUGUGAUUAAGCUCAAUAAGAAAUGUAAAAGCCAGAUAAAGAAAGUUACAUGCAUGCUGGUCAUGUAUGCCAUUUAGAAAAUGGCUUUUGACUAGAUUAAGAUUCAAACCUUCAUUAAAAUACUUUUCACUCACACCUUUGUUUAUAAAGAUAAACAAUCGGAAAUUGCUAUGGCAUAAAUUGGUCGUUCCGUAACCUGUUCUCUGGUAUAUUUUUCAUGGCAUCAACCGACAUAAUUUUAAAGUAGCCUAUUGUUUAUUUUAGGCAAUUACAUGUUUUCAUCUAGUGCUAUUAUCUGUUUGGCCUGAUUUUCACUGAAAAUAUAGAUCAUGUUUCCCUGUAAGAAUUUCUGCUGGGCAGAUAAGUUUGUUCUCUAUCUUUUUACAACUUUUGUGAAUUGCGCAGGAAAUAGAGCUUUUAUAUGAAUGAAUAGUAGCUUGCAAUUGGGCAUUAUUGUUUGUAUUUUAAGUGUUUUCAUCUGCUUCAGACCAAUAAAGCCAUUACAUCUUCUCUG